AUGGCGGCGGCGGCGGCGACUCAGGGGGGCGGGGGCGGGGAGCCCAGGGGAACUGAUGGGGUCGGCCCGGGGGUCCCGGGGGAAGUGGAGAUAGUAAAGGGGCAGCCGUUCGACGUGGGCCCGCGCUACACGCAGCUGCAGUACAUCGGCGAGGGCGCGUACGGCAUGGUCAGCUCAGCUUACGACCACGUGCGCAAGACUCGAGUGGCCAUCAAGAAAAUCAGCCCCUUUGAGCAUCAGACCUACUGCCAGCGCACAUUGCGAGAGAUUCAGAUUCUGCUGCGCUUCCGCCAUGAGAACGUCAUCGGCAUCCGAGACAUUCUGCGGGCACCCACCCUGGAAGCCAUGAGGGAUGUCUACAUCGUGCAGGACCUGAUGGAGACAGACCUGUACAAAUUGCUCAAGAGCCAGCAGCUGAGCAAUGACCAUGUCUGCUACUUCCUGUACCAGAUCCUGCGGGGCCUGAAGUAUAUCCACUCCGCCAAUGUGCUCCACCGGGAUUUAAAGCCCUCCAACCUGCUCAUCAACACCACCUGCGACCUUAAGAUCUGUGAUUUCGGUCUUGCCCGGAUUGCUGAUCCCGAGCACGACCACACUGGCUUCCUGACGGAAUACGUGGCCACACGCUGGUACCGGGCCCCAGAGAUCAUGCUUAACUCCAAGGGCUACACCAAGUCCAUCGACAUCUGGUCUGUGGGCUGCAUUCUGGCUGAGAUGCUCUCCAACCGGCCCAUCUUCCCUGGCAAGCACUACCUGGACCAGCUCAACCACAUUCUGGGUAUUCUGGGCUCCCCAUCCCAGGAGGACCUGAAUUGUAUCAUCAACAUGAAGGCCCGAAACUACCUACAGUCUCUGCCCUCCAAGACCAAGGUGGCCUGGGCCAAGCUUUUUCCUAAGUCGGACCCCAAAGCUCUUGACCUGCUGGACCGGAUGUUGACCUUUAACCCCAACAAACGGAUCACAGUGGAAGAAGCACUGGCUCACCCCUACCUGGAGCAGUACUAUGACCCAACGGAUGAGCCAGUGGCCGAGGAACCUUUCACCUUCGACAUGGAGCUGGAUGAUCUACCCAAGGAACGACUGAAGGAGCUCAUCUUCCAGGAGACAGCCCGCUUCCAGCCUGGGGUGCUGGAGGCCUCCUAA